CUCUCUCAUUUAUUCACUUUCCUUCUCCUUCCCCACAUCUCUCUCUCUCUCUCUCUCUCUCUCUCAACUGUGCACACAUACAUCUCUCUUAAAAGUCCAAACUGUACAGCAAUAACAAAACACUGGACAAUCCCCAAAGUCUUAACCUUAUUACACACAGUUGCGCACUCCUCCAAUUUUCUUACACAACCUCCCGCAUUAGUUUAGAAUGGACAAACGAAGCUGGCCCUGGAAGAAGAAAUCAUCUGAUAAGGCAAAUGCCGACAAAGUAGUUGCUACUUCAGAUUCUGCUGGUGCUGCCACAGCUUCGUCUGAACCCCAGGAUCAAGUUACCCCACAGGGCAAGCAGGAGAAAAAGCCAAAGUAUGUCCAAAUUUCCGUGGAAUUAUAUUCUCAUCUAACUGGAUUGGAGGAUCAAGUGAAGACACAUGAGGAUCAAGUGAAGACAUACGAGAAUAAAUUGACUUCUUACGAGGAUCAGGUGCAAAAUUUAGAGAAUGAAGUCAAUGAAUUGAAUGAGAAGCUGUCUGAAGCGGAUUCAGAGAUGAUAAUAAAGGAAAAUGCUGUAAAACAGCAUGCUAAAGUCGCUGAAGAAGCUGUCUCGGGUUGGGAAAAGGCCGAAGCAGAAGCUCUGGCACUAAAAGAUCAGCUGGAAUCAGUUACAUUGUUGAAGCUUACGGCUGAAGAUCGAGCAUCACAUCUAGAUGGUGCGUUGAAGGAGUGUAUGCGGCAGAUUAGAAAUCUGAAAGAAGAGCACGAGGAGAAACUGCAUGAAAUUGUUUUAACCAACACCAAGCAAUGUGACAUGAUAAAGUCUAAACUUGAAACCCAUAUAGGUAACUUAGAGCAAGAGCUUCUCAGAUCCGCAUCUGACAAUGCAGCAAUAUCUAGAUCCCUCCAAGAUCGCUCUAACAUGCUGAUAAAGAUCAGUGAAGAAAAAGCACAAGCCGAGGCAGACAUCGAACAACUGAAGAGCAAUAUUGAAUCGUGUGAAAGGGAAAUAAAUUCUCUAAAAUAUGAGCUUCAUAUAGUUGCCAAAGAAUUAGAAAUCAGAAAUGAGGAAAAGAACAUGAGUGUGCGGUCUGCAGAAGUUGCGAAUAAGCAGCACUUGGAAGGGGCUAAAAAAAUAGCUAAGCUAGAAGCGGAAUGCCAGCGACUGCGUGGUCUUGUUCGGAAGAAAUUGCCUGGUCCAGCUGCUAUGGCACAAAUGAAGCUGGAAGUUGAAAAUUUGGGAAGAGACUAUGGAGACUCUAGGGUAAGGCGGUCCCCUGUAAAGCCUCCCACUAGUCCACACAUGACUCAGUUUUCUGAAUUUUCACCUGACAGUGCACAGAAGCACCAUAAAGAGAUUGAGUUGCUCACAGAACGUCUAUUUGCGAUGGAAGAAGAAACAAAAAUGUUGCAGGAAGCUUUAGCCAAACGUACCAGUGAACUACAGGCUUCUAGAAGUGUUUGUGCCAAGACAAUAAGCAAACUACAAAGUUUGGAAGCACAGUUGCAAGCAAAUACUCAAAAUAGAAUUAUAGCAAAAUCAACUACACAAAUUCAGACCGAAAGUUCUCUAAGCCAACAUGCAAGCAAUCCUUUAAGCUUAACCUCUACAUCAGAAGAUGGAAAUGAUGAUGAACUAAGCUGUACAGGGUCUUGGGCAACAGGAUCAAUGUCUGAGCUCUCUGUAAAAAAGGAAAAGAACAUUGACAACCAGUUAAUGGCUAAAAAAGAAAACCAGCUGGAACUUAUGGAUGACUUCUUAGAGAUGGAAAAGUUGGCAUGUUCAACCGGUGAGUCAAAUGGAGAUAUAUCAAAUAGUACAAGAUCUGAAGUUGUGAAUCAUGAUUUAACAGCAGCAACUACCACCACAGAUUUAACUCUCCAGGAGAAGCAACAAUUUGAUUCAUUGGGAAUUCAGAAGGUAUCUGAUAAAGAAGAUUUAGUUCCUUACAUGAAGCUCCAAUCAAAGAUUUCAUUGGUACUAGAGUCUGUGGCUAAAGAGACUGAUGUCAGCAAAGUUUUGGAGGAGAUCAAGCAUGUUAUGCAGAAUCUGCAUGAUGAUUUGCAUCAAAAUUCGGUGAAACCUCUCAUUGAUGGACCUCUUUGUACUGGUGCUGCUGGUGAUCAGGAAAAUUGUCCGGAAUAUGUUGAGGUAACAACCGACAAGGAAGUCUUUGUAUCCCAGGACAGCGAAGGAUUGAGAGAGAUUGUGCAUGAAAUUACAGAAGAUGUAAAAAUUGCCGUUUCUAGUAUUAACGACUUUGUACAGCUACUUGGCAAGGAGGCAAAAGCUGUCCAGGUCCCACUGCCCAAUGAGGAUGGACUGAGCCGGAAAUUGGAGGAAUUCUCUUUCACCUAUGAUGAGGUUAUGAAGGGAAAAAUAGGCCUGAGUGAUUUUGUUCUAUGUCUUUCUCAGGUAUUUAGUAACGCCAACGCACUUCAUUUUAGUGUCAUGAGUUAUAAUAACAUAGAUAUGGAUAAUAGUAGCUCUGAUUGCAUAGACAAAAUUGCGUUGCCUGAAAAUAAAGCUACUGAGAACUCAUCUGGAGAGAGAUACGAUAACAGUUGUGGUUCGUUUUUGGAUUCACCUUCUAAUCCUGACAUGCCUUUUGAAGGAACAUUUGUUCCAAAUUCUGAAUUCAAAACUUUGUCACUGGAGGAUUUUGAACAAUUGAAGUCAGAAAAAGAUAACCUGGUGAUUGAUCUAGCUAGAUGUGCUGCAAAUCUAGAAAUCACCAAGUCUCAGUUAGUAGAAACAGAACAACAUGUAGCUGAAGUUAAGUCACAGCUAAGUGCUGCUCACAAAUUGAAUGGCUUGGCCGAGACACAAGUAAAAUGUAUGGCGGAGUCGUACAAGUCACUUGAAAGUCGUGCAGAGGAGUCACAAGCUGAAGUGAAUCAUCUACGGAGUAAAAUAGAAAAUUUGUAUAUUGAGCUUCAGGAGAAGACAAAUCAGCAUCAGGAUGCACUUGAAAAAUGCAAGUCUUUGCAAGAAGAACUGCAAAGGAUUGAGAACGGGUCUGGGGCUAAUAUUGAUGCCAAGAGCAACCAGGAGAUGGAGUUAUCAGCUGCAGCAGAGAAGCUAGCAGAGUGUCAAGAAACUAUAUUUGUUCUGGGGAAACAAUUAAAUUUGAUGCGUCCACAUCCAGAAUUACCAGGGUCUUUCUCCAGAGACAAGAGUCAGAAGAACGUAGAAUGCUUUACCGAAGAUGAGCGGACCACUAAUAACAGUGUGGAUAUGAAUGAGAUAAAUACCGUGACUUCUGCUGACGUUAAUCAAUCAGGUGGGGAGUCCCCAGUCAAUAUAUACGAUACCCCUUUCAGUCCAUCUGAUUCUGAAGCAAGCAAUCUACCACGAUCACCAAUCAGUUCAAAGCACUCACAUCAUCGAUCUGCAAAGUCGGGCUCGUCCACUUCUUCAUCUUCUACGCCAACACCAGAAAAAAAUCCCCGAGGAUUCAGCAGAUUUUUUUCAACAAAAGCUAGAAAUGACCAUUAGGUCGUUUGGCUCAUUGGCUAAUUGGCUUCAUGGCAAUAGGACACAUGAACUCAUGUUUUUGAAUCUUACUCUUUAAGUCUCGGAGAGGAUCGUUUAGCUCAAAGUUAUACAAUUGUGAGGAACUUAAAAGGAAAGUCUACAAACCAGUCAACCAUACAAUAAGUCCGGCUUCGGGAAUUCCCAAAUAUUACACUGAGAUCUUUGGUGAUUCAAGAAACGGAAACACUUGAUUCUGGUUUGAACAGAGAAUACCAUUUCAGAAUCAUUCCAGCAGGUUUCUUCUGUAAAUCCAUCCUCCUCCAUGCUCUUUAUUGAAUAAGAACAAUAAUACUUUGUUAUCAACGAUAGGUAACUUCUACUCAUGACUGUAUAUGGUUUUCAUUGUCGGAUCAUUUGUUUUCUGCCGCCAAUUUAUACAAUACUACUGGAACUGUUAUUUUGUUGAUAA